GAAUGUACAUAAUGCCGACUCUGAACUCGAACCGCCUGACGUCAAGGUCCGGCAAGCUUCCCGCAUGUGACCCAUGUCGGGCAAUGAAGCUGCGAUGCGACCAUGGGAGACCGGCUUGUUCGAGAUGUAGGGAAAGAGGCAGAACUGCUGACUGUGCAUAUCGGGCGAGACCAUUCAGAAGACCCUUUGGUCGGACUUCAGACGAGCAGAAGCCCAGAGAAGAUGAAGCAAGCUCUGUGGUGCCAAGUCCGGGACUUUCCAGAGAUCCGGUAGUCCCAUCCGUUCAAUAUCCCAACCCGGGCUAUUUAGGAUCGUCUAGCCAUACGACACUCUUCAAUCAGCUACAGCUUCCAAUAGAUACAGAAUCUGGUGUUUCGAGUCGAGAGACCGAGUAUACCUCAACCGCACAGACGGAUUAUGUAGUUAAUGAUACCUGCAUCUCAAGGGGCGCAGAGCUUAUCCUCGAACUGCAUCGUGUAUCUUUGAUCCAGCCGUUCGCCCAGCUCUUCAAGAAAUGGGAAAGCACAGGAACAAAUCUUGCUCUAGCCGGUCCCUUCACCGGGCCUUGUGCAUCCACAGCUGUACACACACUGUCACAAUGUGAUGGAACACUUACAACUGCCACAGCCAUUUCCAGGAACCUCUUUUAUCGUUCCCGUCGUCCUAUAUCCUUCAGUUCAGAUACAACAUUUGAUGAAUACUGUAUUAACUUCUCUGGACGAAACGCUCGAUGGGAAACUUUUGGACUCUUCUUCACUGCCGUUUGUCGAGCCUCUGUAGACCUGGCUUAUGCAGAACCUCUCUAUGGCUCGGAGCAACAACGCCGUAAAAUCCAAAAAUUGACACUCUCAUACUCAGACCAAUGCUUAGACCUUUGUCUACCGCUGGAUUGUAUGAAUGAUUUGCAACUUUUUCUCCAAUAUGAGAAUUUUAUCUCUCAUUCGCAGGUUGAUGGUGAUCAGAGCUACCUCUCUUGGCGGAAACUGGGAGACGUAGCAGCCUCCCUAUUCGCUCUUGGCUACCACCAACAACAAACAGAGUCAUUUCGCGCUACCCCUCACUUCCUUCGUGAUCUUCGCCAAAGAGCUUUUUGUCGGACAUACUCAGCAGAUAAAAAUGUGUCAAUAUUUCUCGGAAGACCACCUCGAAUCAUACGCAAGUUUUGUCGCUUUUAUCUUCCAGGGAAACAUCCACAGGACACCCAGGAAGCGUCUCGCAAGCCAGCAGUCUGGGACUUUGCUGAAAAGCCGGAUUUCAUCACGGACUCCAGGUGGGCCGCUCUUUGUGCAAUAUUAAAGGAGGAUAUAUUGGAUUUGUUUACCGAGGAAAACUAUGACGAAAGGGUCCGACAGGCACGGCUUAUAGAUGAUGAUGCCCAUGCUCAAUGGAAUGCUGUCCCUAAUAUCUAUCGUCUUGAGUGUAGUCUCAAGGCUUGUGACCGUCGACCAGUGGAGCGUGACUUGAUGGUCAAUAUGAAGCUCAAUUAUCUUCAUGUACAAUUUCUUUUACGGCUGGCAUUACUCCGCCCUAUUACCACGGAUCCGGAUCAAGAACUAAUUCGUAUUUCUACGGACAUGCUUGGUCUUGUUGUAGAGACAAUUAUGCUCAAGGACCAGAUCAUCAAUUCUGGCACAUCGUUAGUCUGGAAGGUUGCAUACUAUGGCUUAUCAGCCGCUGGGCUGAUAUCCCUAACCCUUAUAAACCGAUCCUUUGCUACAGAGACCCUUUACAGUAGUAUAUCCAAAGUGUUCCAAGACCUGAGCAUCCUGGUAGGAGAGAUUGAAUGUGGAACACUAGUUUAUGUUGACUCACCCAAUUAUGCCCUACUGGCUCGUGCCUCUGAAACAAUUAAGAGUCUCCUGGACCGCAUAAUGUCCCCUUUAUGCAACAUGACAACAGCUUUGGGCAAUCAACCAGAUAUGCAAGUAGAGUCCGACCAGAUGACUACUUCGGAAGAUGGCACCUGGGGGCUGUGGGACAGCAACAGUCUCCAAGAUUUUGAAAUCAACUUCUGGCACAAUCUUGCUGUCCAUCCUUUUCUUAGUCAUUAG